UCCUCUUGUUUCCGUUCUGACAGCCAAUUUAUUUACCAUGUAUAUCAUUUCAAUUUCCAGAUGUUUCAUGCUACAAUUCGACCAUGUACAGAAAUGGACAAAGUUUCGGGUACUUCACAGAUGCUUCACAACUCGAUCGCUACAAUUGCUCAUCAGAUUGCUCCGUAUUGGAAAAUCAAAGGUGGCAUGAAGAGACUUAAUCGCACCUUGGAGAUGAUUUAUGAUAUAACUUCUGAUGCCGAGGAAUUACAACAAAGGGAUGGUGAUGUUAAACGCUGGCUGAGAAUGCUUAAUGAUGUUGCUUACGAUGUCGAGGAUGUAUUAGGUGAAUUAUCAUAUGAACUCAUGCGCGUCGAGCUGAAGUGGACAAUCUGUUGCUCAAGUAGCUCAAAGAUGCGAGAUUCGGAAUCCCCGUUCAUAGUAAGUGAGUUGAUAAGCGACAUUGAAAGAGUUGUUGGGAAGAUAAAUUUGUUAUGA